GGAAGUUGAUGGGUGCGUGCACCCACUGCUGUUUUCACUGCGGGCUUGUGCAUUUGACCGCGCGCUAGUUUCUGUGGCGGCAGGGGUGGUGAGAGAGAGCGAGCGAGAGAGAGAAAAAAACACCUUUAUGUGCGUUGUCGUAUGUGAAAGUAGUUCCGGGCACUUAACCCAAACUGGGGAGAGUCCCGGAUGUUGGCUCGGCCGCCGAGAGAAAGGCGAACUGGAGAAGGCGGAGAGCGGCUGAGGAGGGACGCCACGACACCGCGAGCACACCGGCGAACCUACGACUACGGCGGUUCUUUGCACAGGACGAUAACGUCAAGAGCACAGGACACUCCUUUGGAGCCCCUGCUAGCUGAAGAAGAGGAGGUGGAAGGAAGGGGAGGGGGCAGUUACUCUGAAACUACCGUCAGGAUUACAGAGAGCCACCGUCACAGCAGCUUUCACCCAGAAUGGAGUCCCAGCUAUGAGUCAGCUUUGAGAGCAGCAAGUGGUGGAGAAAGUGGUGGGCUUGUGAUCUCCUGCACUGCGAAUAUAAGCAUACUUUACAGAGGCACUUUGUUUUUUUUUAUGUUGGGCAAUAAGUUGACCUGCAGAAGACGUUAAGCUGAUGUCUUGAGCUGAGGGAGACUUCAUCCUCAACCUGUCACUCGUCUCUGUUUGUUAUUCCACACCUGGUCUGCUCUCGAUCAAUCACCGAGCACCAACAACAGUCACCACCACCUACACCUUUUCCCUACCCCCCUCUUGCCCAGCCUGCCGUCACCAUGACGUCGGAGCUGGAGAGUAGCCUGACCUCCAUGGAUUGGCUUCCUCAGCUGACCAUGCAGGCAGCCAUUCGUAAAGCAGACGCACAGAAUGCCCACGGGCCGGGCAUGGGCAAAAAGAGUACUCUGCUGGAUCCUAACACCACGUUGGACCAGGAAGAGGUGCAGCAGCACAAGGAUGGUAAACCACCCUACAGCUACGCCAGCCUCAUCACGUUUGCCAUCAACAGCUCGCCAAAGAAGAAGAUGACACUGAGCGAGAUCUACCAGUGGAUCUGUGAUAACUUUCCCUACUACAGGGAGGCGGGAAGUGGCUGGAAGAACUCAAUACGGCACAAUCUGUCAUUGAACAAGUGUUUUCUCAAAGUGCCUCGCUCCAAAGAUGACCCAGGAAAGGGCUCUUACUGGGCCAUCGACACAAACCCAAAGGAGGAUGCCUUGCCUACACGGCCAAAGAAGAGGCCAAGGUCUGGAGAGCGGGCUUCUACGCCGUACAGCCUGGAGUCGGAGUCUUUGGGGAUGGAGUGUAUGAUCCCUGGAAGUGCCUCUCCAACGCUGGCAAUCAACACUGUGACUAACAAGGUGGCGUUGUACAACACAGACCAGGAAGGGAGUGAUAGUCCAAGAAGCAGCCUUAACAACAGCCUGUCUGAUCAGAGUCUGGCCUCCGUCAAUCUUAACAGUGUGGGCAGCGUGCACAGCUAUACACCGGUGACUAGUCACCCAGAGCCCGUGUCACAGUCUAUGAGCCUCCAGCAGCCCCCUCAGUCCCAGUACAACAUGCCAGACAGGGAUAAGCAGCUCCUGUUCUCUGAAUUCGAAGAUCUCAGUGCCUCCUUCCGCAGCCUUUACAAGUCUGUUUUUGAGCAGUCCUUCAGCCAACAAGGUCUAAUGGGCAUACCGUCAGAUUCCUCCCAGCAGACCCACACCUCCUGCUCCUAUCAGCACUCCCCCAGUGGCACCAUUAGCACUCAGAACAGCCUAUCAAACAACCAACCCAACAGCCACCCCAACAGCCACUCCACCAACAGUGGCCAGGUGCCCCUGUCCCAUCCUGCCCAAGCCCAUCCGGGCCACAGCUCGCCCCACGCACAGCACCUCUCUCAGCACGGCGGCCCCCACAACCAACACAAUCAACACAGUCAGCACCCCCAGCACGCUGCACACUCUCAGCAUGGGCAGCACCCAUCACAGCACCCGACCCACAGCCAGCACCCACAGCAACACACGCCACACCCCUCCCAACACACGCAGCACAGCCAGCACCCUUCUCAACAUGGACAACAGCAUCAGAGCCUCUCCCACCAGCCCCAUCCUACCCAGCAACAGAUGGCCUGCAACACAGGUUUACUGUCUGACUGGUACCCAAAUCUGGAUGCACUGAAAGAAAGCUGUCGUAUUGCUAGCAGCUAUAACUGGGCUGAUGUCGACCUUUCACCUUUCCAAGGAUUAAGGGAGAGUAUGAGACAAGCGGAGUUGAACAAUUGGUCCCUGGAACCCACCCAGAUCGCAGACCUCUGCUCGUCCAUCAACCAGUUUUUCGCCCGUACCGGUGUAAUCCAGCCACAAGGGGCAGUGCAGUCUCCGGUUUGCCAUGGCUCCAUGCACCCCACCAAACCCAGCCAGCACCUCAACACAGGAAAUCUCUACAUGGACUCCAGACAGGGCAUGUCCAUGAUGGGCCCUCCAGGAUAUCCACACAUGCCCCCCAUGAGCAGUACGGGACCCACAAUGACAGGACACCAUGCACAGAUGAACCAGCAGCAUAUGAUACCUACUAGAAACUUCCAGAUGCAUCGCAUGCCAGCUGAUGACAUCCAGGAUGACUUUGAUUGGGACUCUAUUGUCUAGCCCCCAGACCUCAUCCUGCAAACAAAAGGGAGCGUGGAGAGGAGGUGGAAGCUAGUAGAAGCCAGGCUGAGCUGAAAGGCUACAGGAGGAGGAGGAGGAGGAGGCCACUGUGGGUGGGAUGCAGAAGAGCAUUUGAAAAGCCUUGGAGAAAAGACAGACUUCAGAGUUCUGACAUUUUUACAAAAGCAAAACAUAACUAGAAAAUGUUACUUUGAAGACAAUCAUAUUUAGUCGGACAUGUUAAAGUGAUUGCUUAUGUACUUGUCUUAAGACAAGUAGAACACAUUCAUGUCUAAACCACAGCUCCUCAGCUCCUCAGCCACCCCUCUCCCCUAGCGAGCAGCCUUCCAAAGUCCGAAUCCCCCACCCCAGACUUCCCGACCCCCUGCUCCGUAACUGUUAUGUGAUUUGAGCGACGUGUUCAGCUUGUAAUUCUUCUCGUGUUGACAUUGGCCUCAGCUGCCUCUGGGAUGAGUUUAUCUCUCAUCUAUCUAUCAUCUAUCUCUCUAAAAAAAAUUUUAUUUUUUUCUUUUUUUUCUUUCUUUUUUUUUUUUUUUCUUUUUAAAGAAACACAGGCCGUCUCUGUGAGUAAUGUGAUGGUGCUCGUUGGUCACUUUUUGGGAGAAAGUGGGCCCCACGUUGGCUAAACUGGUGGUAGAGUUAGGUUUACAAGAACUGAGGUUUUGAACAGGGUGUUAAAUGUCUAAGCAGGCUUGAUAUUACACAAACCAAGAAAGACGGUGAGAGAGAGAUCUCAGAAAAAAAAUUGAGAUCUGUUUUGAUCGCCAACCGUUGUGAUCAGAUUCACUGCAGCAGGUUAGCUAUGGGAGAAAAGCAGCUUUUUAUUUCUUCUUGGUUCUCUGUCUCAAGCACUUCAGGGUGAGCCAAUAUAAUGAGUGCGAGAAGAAGGUGAAAUACAGGGAAGUCAGACAUGUAUCUAUUUCCAAAUCCAUUCAACCCAAAGUAACUUGAGGUUUAAGUUCUCUGUGUACAUUCUGUCAGUUGAUAACUGCUUUACGAGUCAAGCUAUUAUUUAUAGUAAAGUCCAUCCUUUUUUGAUGAGUAGCCUAUUGAUCAUGUCACAAGCCACCAAAAUUCAGAAUUAAUGAAAUAAUUUGGAAUGGAGUGUGACUGUCGGCGAAUCCUAGCUUAUCAUCAGUAUGUUGGUAGCGGCAUAUAUGUCAGCCAUUAAGUAAAAUAAGUAACAGUAAUUGCCAUACAGAAAUGUCUCACAUAGGCCAGAGAUAAAGUUAAGUUGAUUUUCAGAGUGUCCCUUUCAGCACUCAUGGUCACAUUUCUUUAAAAAUGAUUGUAGAGAAACUCAGAUAUAUUAUUAUCUGAUCUGUUUAAUCUUUCACAUAUUGGUAUUGUGUCUGCUUCAACAAUCCAGUAUCAGCUGGGCUCUGCUUUGGUCAGGCAGAUUUUUGUUUAAAAGCCCAUGUGGUUUGGUCUCAUGAAAGAAACAGCUAACCAGGCUCUGUCUAAAUCUCUGUCUACAGAAUCUGUCUAUCAACACCUCUAAAGCUUGCAAGUCUUUGUGCUAAGCUAAGCUAAUUGUGUGUUGGAGAUGGCUUCACAUUUACUGUGGAGACUGUAUUUGAAGCAAGCAAAGUAAGCAAAUUAUAUUUGGAAAUUUUAGACUAGUGACAGUAACAGAUAAAACAUAAAGAUCCUGUAUGCAAGCCUCACUGACUGGAAACAUCACAAGUAGACCAAUAAAAUGUUUUAAAAUGAAAAAAAUCUACCAUACAGUUCUCAUCCUAGUCUCAAAAGAGGAAAUGGUGUGAAAGCUUCUUAAAUAUCCAAAUAUUUUGAUUGAUUAAUGAUCAAUGAAAUAUGCAUCAGAUGUUGAACUUUUUAUUUAGAGGACAACAAGAGUUCUUCUUUGUCUCUUUGAUUUGUAGCUUGAGCUGCAGUCCACAUCAAUGCCUUUUUCCACCUAUUGUACAUCAAAGCAAGUUUUCAGUGCUACACUCGGCGUCUAUUAUCACUUCUGGCUUUUAUAUUAUGGAGAUAUGUUUUUUUUUUUAAAUAUAUAUAUAAAACUGCCCAACAUUUUGUUGUGAUAGUUCAAUAGCGCAAGUUUUUGCUAUUAUACAAUCAUAACAGAAUGAGAAAUGUGACUCAUGAUGCAGUACGUGAAGAGUGUGUGUGUGUGCGGGCGUGUGUGUGUGCUUGUUUUGGUUUUAUUGAAAUGUUAGGGCUAUGAGUGAUUGCUGCAAUCAUCUUUAUGCUAUCUAUGAGCACAAAAACAGAUGCACACAUUGAUUAAAGACUGGACUGGUGACAUGCAUUUUUUGUGAGAAGAACAGGGAGAUCAGCGAUUCUGGAGACCUGUCCUCUGUGUCCUGUGACAAGUGGCUCCUAAUCAGACAGGUGCUGAACUUCAGAGACACUAUGUUGAAAAAAAAAAAACAAAAAGGAAGAAAGAAAAAAGAAAAAAAAACACCCUUUGCACACUUACACCUUCAAUCAACAGGAACCGUUUUCAAGAUGCAAAGCACCUCCUGGAUCUGAAAAGCUAGUCACCAACAUGCUAGUUAUUCAUUCAGUCACAUACUGUCUGAGCCCUCAAGGCGGUUAUAAGGCAUUGUCCACAGUUGACAAUUAACAAGAUUAUUUCUCCUCUGCAAAACUGCUGAAGUGUGUAAGGUACUUUGCAUCAAUGACACUGUGCGUCCUUGUUAAAAGGAAAAGUUCAACAUUUGGGGAGAUGUACUUAUUUGCGUUCUUACCAAAAAAGAUUGUUAAGACUCAUAUCUGUACAGUAAAUAUGAAGCUACAGCCACCAGCUGGUUAGCAUAAAGACUAGAAACUAGCUUGCCUGUCUCUGUCCUAAAGUAUCGAAAUCUGCCUGGAAGCACCUCUAAAGCUCACCAAUCAACACACUGUAUCUAAUUUGUUUAUUUAUUUAUACAGCAACCUUAGUGUAAAAACAAGGUUAUAUGUGUUAUCUGGUUAUGUGACAGGCUGUUUCUUAGCUUGGUCCAGUCACUUCCUGGAGAUACGAUGUGGUCAUUAAUAAGCUGUAGAGGUGCUGGUAGGAGGAUUUUGUUCCUGUCAGACAGAGCCAGGCUAGCUGUUUAGGCCUGUUCCCAGUGACCUGUAUUAAGCUAAGCUAGCUGUCUACUGGCUGUAGCUUUGCAUUGACUGUACAAAAGGGUGAUUGAUCUUCUCAUCUAACUUUCAAUAAGAGGGCAAAGAGGUAUGUUUCCCAAUAAUUCUUUUAAGAUAGCAACUAGGCACUCAAAUGGUUACUGUUGUCUUGAUUUCAUAUUUGGAUGACAAUCAUGGAUUCUUUUUGUUUUAAUUAUAAUGCAUAAUAUGUUGGGUAUUGUGAGAAGGAGAAUGUUUAAGUCUCACACGGUUGUUUUGUUGGGUCUAACAUCCCCAUACGUUUCUACAUUUGAACACAGAUUAUUAGAAACUCAAACCAGCCCACUUUUAUACUGUUCAUCUUCUGUUAAACUGUCUGGAGCUGCACUGUGCAGAUGAAGUCAAUUUUCUUUCUUUCAGCUGUUGAUACUGCCAUUCAUUUUUAUAUUUUCAGCUAACUUUUUUUCUCCCUGUCAAUCAUGCCUGUCCACUCCUGCUUCUUUCUGCAAAGUUUUGUCUGUCUUUGUAGAUGAAAUGUCUCCUGUAUAUGGUCGAUUGCCUUGCCUGUGGAUCUCGGCUAUGAUUUUUUUAAAGCUUUGGUCAACUGCCAGAUUUUCUUAAUAAGUGCUCAGACCCAAUACAGCAAUCAGUUGAGUGACCCAAGUUGUGAUUCUUUAGGUGAGUGUGGGCCAAAGGACUGCAAGUGAAGACAACAGUUUUUAAAAAAAAAAACAAAAAAAAAAAACAAGAACAAAAACAAAAAAAGAGCAUCAGUGUAUCAAUGUGUAUUCAUCUGGACUCUAUGGACAUACAAUAGAGAACAUCCGGUGAGUCCUUGGUUGGUGUGAAGGUGACGUGUGUCCACUCUUCCAGGUGAAGACUGAACACACAAGCUACUAUUUGAGCACAGUAGCCCAUGAGAAAAUCGAAAGAUUUGUGGCAAAAGACGUGGCUAAAAGGGGGAAAGGUGAAGACAAUGACUGGAUCACAAUCACAAAUUUACGUGCGUGUGUGUGUGUGUGUGUGUGUGUGUGUGUUGGCUUGUGUGACGUUGAGGUCUUUUUUUCAAGAAACAAUUUAAGUUUUUAAAUUCCGCUGGACAUGUACCUGCCAGAGAGAUUACCAUUAGUGGGGAAAAAAGAUGAGAAGAUGGAGAAAAAAAGCCUUGUUACAAUGUGGGAGAGAACUGCCAACAAGUACUGCUGAUUGGGGCCUAUUUUAUUCAGUGCUGGUGUGUUGUUGUGCUUGUACAUAAAUGUCUUUUCAAUCAUCCCCUUUUUCCUCUUGGGGGUGGGGUAUCAAGGCAGGAGUGGGUCUUAUUCAUGAAAGAGAGGAGGUAAAAGAAUAGUAUUUUGUUAUUGUCCAAUCAGAGGGUGACAGUAUGUAUAUAUCUAUAUUGUAUAUAUGUGAUGAAAAUGCGUUGGCUUUUUGUGUGACACUACCUUUUACCUGUACUAUGGUUCUACAUUCAGUGUUUCAGUGCUGAUAAUAUAUAUUUGGUUUGUGUUUUCUUUUUCUUUUUCUUUUUUUUUUUGAUUUUGUCUUUGUCAUUUCUUGUAUUUUAUUUCUUCCUAUUUGUCCUUUUUUUUGUUUAUUGCACGGUUUAUUACUUUUGUUGUCCAAUGAGGUGACACAGCUACUCUUUGUAUUCGUUUAGUGCUGUAAAAUAACUCAAGUGUUAUUAGAAUUGUCGAUACCACCGCCCACCCCACCCCCUUCCCCAAUAUGCAUGAAUGGCACUUAAAAGAAAUAAAAUAUGGUAACUUCACUGUG